GAGGAGCGUUUGAGGCACCGCUAAUGGCUGCCGCACUGAGAAGACUGUUACACGGCGCGGAAGUGGAACGAGUCCGGCCGGAGCCUGAGCCUCCUCCUCCAGUAUGGGGCGUGGAGGCCCGCAGGUGCCCUCUACAUGGCAGCAGUAGUGGGGGGGAGAGGGCCGCCCGGGGCGGCAAUGGCGGCUCCCAGGAGCAGUCCUCUUAUGCUGGAUAUGGCUCCCAUUACUGGAACUCUCAGCCUAGGGCCUCCUACUCAAGUCCGUAUCCUGCUGGACCUGAGCUUCAAGGCCAGGGGAUUGAUCAUUCCUAUACAAAUGGCGUUUAUGGCACUCCAUACUCAGCUUCUGGGACAGGACCACCUCCAUAUUCUAAUCUUCCACAGUCAAACACCUACUAUUCUGCAGGGCAUUCUCAUGCCCCUUAUUCAACAGAGUCUCCUGGAAUGUACCAGUCUCAGUCACCUGCUUCCAACUGGAAUUACCCCCCACCUGACUGCCCGCCUGAAGCUUCUGUGGUGAGGAGGCAAGUGCCAGGAUAUCCCCAGCCUCCAACACCUGGCUUUCCUAUCCCACUGUAUUCGUAUGGUGACUGCAAUCAUGGCAUUCCUCAACAGGGGCCACCGCCGCCGCCCCAGCCAAGGCUUCAAGAGACAACAUGGCGACCUCCUGGUGUUUAUGGGAUGCAGCCUCCUUAUGGUUGGUCUCCUGCAUCAACGGGCCAUGGGAAUCAAUAUGUUGCUGAAUCUUGUCCAUCUUGGCCUGCUAGUGGAGCAUCUGUUUCACAUCCUCCAGUUAACAGUACAAAGGACUCAUCUUACAACCAAUCAGAGCAAGGAACUAACCAGCACAGCUACUUUCCUGAAACCGGUCACCUGCCUCCUGGAACCAUGAAUGAUUACAAGCUGCCGCAGCUUGAUACAAAGCCAUCUGCUUCCAACACCAAAGUGCAGUAUAGCGCACAGCCCCAGCUGUAUGUGCAGAAGAAGCCACCUGUCACUGCUGAUCAUGGAUCAGGUUUCAAAACCAAUGGGCAGCUUCCAUCUGAACCAUCAGAUGUGCAGCCAGGAGUUCAAAAGGUUAUGGAAGUUAUGGAGGGAGUUGAACUGCUAGAGGAAGAGGUAGAUGAAUUUGUAGGGAAAAAAAUGGACAAAGGCUACCGACUACUGGAGGAAAUGCUGACCAAGAAGCUCUUGGAGCUAGACUCUAUAGAGACUGGUGGUCAAGAUAGUGUACGCCAGGCAAGAAAAGAGGCUGUUCAUAGAAUCCAGGCAAUACUGGAAGAACUGGAAAGAAAGGGGCUUUAAGUUGGGGAUAGCAACAGUCCUCAGGCAAAGUACUGGAGUUCCAGAAGAUGUCUUUUUGUUCAAACCCCCAGUCUUUUGACUAUCAAAAGCAAUAAGUGGUAAUUUGAGUUUUGAUUUUAAAACCACAACACAUGGUUAAAUUAACAGACGGAACAACUAUUUCGACCUAAAUUCUGGGUGUUCCUGCAAAUGAAUAUAGGGGAAAGGAUGAAGUGCUGGGCCUAAUAAUUGAAGACUGUAGCUGUAGUAGCUUCUCUAGUUAUCGGCACGCUUUUGCUCCACAGGAGGAUUAUCAUUCUGUAAUGGAUGUUCUGGAUGUAAUCUGAGAGUCUCUGAAGAGAGAGUUCUUGGAGCACAAAUGACUUCUCAAAACAGCUGAGUUACCUGUCAGACUCUGCAGGGUACAAAGACAUUUCAGUUGCAACACAGCACCAGUAAAAUGAAGACCACAGUCUCCUUAAGUUGCUCCUCUUUGUAUUAUUUACAGGUUCUCACUCUUAUCAUAGAAAUUGUGUAAUGUUCUAUAUUGGUGGGGGUACAUCUUGCUAAAGUGACAUCCUUCUGAUGAGCCCGUCAGUAGGGCAAUUAAAGCCAGUAUAACUGUCAUGCUAUUUUCCUCUACCCUGGAGGUAUAAUCAUGAUACUUUCUAUAGGAUAGAUGGAAGGUACCUGGAAGAAGAUUUGGCCAUUGCCUGUGCAAGAGGCAAUGCUAGCCAGUGAGGCAAAUGAUUGUAAUAACUCUGUCCACAAUAGUCCUGGGCCAAAUGUGUUAGUGAUAUUUUUACUUGUUGCUUUUUAAAAAAAUCACUUCAGUCUGUGUAGCUGAUUCUGUACAAUUGCUGUCUGGAGAGGGACAGGUAAGGCUACUAUUGUGAAUGUUUAGUUCAUCACAAAAUGGUCCUUGUUUCAGAAGAUGAGAAAUAAACCUCGUGAGAUUUUUUAAUGCACUUAACAGUUUCAAAUUACAAUAUUAGUGUCAGACAAUUAAAAUGAUAUUGGGUGUGACUACACAAAUUGCUUGGUAUUGUGUUUUAAGUGACCAGCUGCCAAACUUGUAGGAGACAGAGGUGUGUGAUAGAUUUAAUAAAAACUCAAAUACGCUA